GCUUGUCUUCUUGGUCAUCGUCGCAUCUCGAUGGCAACGAAUUUCCAUCAUUUUGGCCAAUCAGGUUGCAUUUCGCAUUUUGCAAUGGCAGACGUUGUCUCGGCCGAAGAGCUCACGGCGCUCGUCCAAGCGAUCAAGUUCGCGCACCCUGCGUUCAGCCUCAAGCAGGUGCACGCCGAGGUGCUGACCCAUGGCGGCCUCUUUGCGAACGUGCCACUCGCGCGCGUGAAGAAGUACCUCAAGAAGCUCGGGCUCAUGGGCAACCUCGAGGCCGGCAGCGACGAGCCCGUGUCACUCAUGACGGUGGGCGGCGAGUCCAAGUCGACACCGGCGCCGGCGACCGCAGCCGCACCAGAGUCGGACGACUGGAUGCCCAUGGCGCUCGACGAACCGGUGAUGUACAUGGGGUCGCACCCGCACCAAGCGACGAUCCGCAUGAACCACAGCACGGCCGGCGCGGCCCACGGCGCCCUCGGCGAACUCUACAAGAUCCAAAAAGCCAUGGGCACCGGCGACCACCCGAUGCUUGUCUACAACAAGGACCGAUCGCGCAAGACGUUUCUGCACGCGAAGACAUCGGCAUACCGUCCGAUCGUCGCGGCCAUCGACCGCGUCGGCGGCGGCGGCGUCGGCGUCGGUGGCACGAAGGCCUACUUCUACGGCCGCGUCCAGGGCACGACGCUCUUUAUCAACACCAAGACGCUCGCGCCGGCGCAGGCGUGGUAAUCAUCCAGCACCAACAUUCUCGGAACAUGCAACAGCUCGUUGUUGGUUGCAAUUUUACUUUUUCGGGAGACCGGUGCCAAAGAGGCCGCCGCCGUCGUCGC